UCUGAGCCACCUCCCUUCAUUGAACCUUGAAUUGAUACAGUGGGUGUGACUCUCAGGAAAUUGCUCAUUAUUUGCCAUUAGUGCUUCAGAGUGUGUGCCUUCCCAUUAUCCCAUAACUUUCCAUAUUCAUAGUCCUUCCUUCUCUCACUCCUCCCUCCCUUUUCCCUUCCUCCUUUCUUCCCUCUCUCCUGGGAACUGGUUCAACCAGAGUACAACCUGCUCAUCUACCUCUGGCGCUGGAACAACUGCAGGAGCUGGGACGUGCAGAGCGGCAGAGCAGCAGAGCGGAGGCUAGGGAGGCCAGGCUGGUGAUCUCCGGGGCGCCGAGGGCGAGCAGUCGGCCCAGCCGCCUCCCCUAGGCCCAUGCGGGGCCGGUACAGCCUGCUGCUCGUUCAUGAGGCCGCCGUGGUGCCUGAGGAGGACCCGUGGCAUCCCGCUGGGGCUGCUCGCGCUCUGGGUGACCGCCGCCCGCUGUCUUCAGAGUUCAUAUGUGCACCCUACAGGUCAUGGUGUGUCACUGUACAUUCCUCGGUCAGCCAUCAAUGCCACUGUCCAAGAAGAUAUUCUGCUGUCAGUGGACUAUUCCUGCCAUGGAGUCCCCACUGUUGAGUGGAAGUACACAUCAAGCUGGGGUGAGCAGAAGAUCGUGGAGUGGAAACCAGGGACCCCAGCCAAUGUCUCCCAAAGCCACAAAGACAGAGUCUGCACCUUCGACAAUGGCUCCAUCCAGCUUUUCGGUGUGGGGGUGAGGGACUCCGGUUGCUACAUCAUCACUGUUACAGAGCACCCAGGGAGCAGACAGUUUGGCACAAUUGUGCUGCAUGUGUCUGAGAUCCGCUAUGAAGACCUCCACUUUGUCGCUGUCUUCUUUGCUCUGCUUGCCGCGGUGGCUGUGGUGCUGAUCAGCCUCCUGUGGGUCUGCAAUCGCUGUGCAUAUAAAUUCCAAAGGACGAGGAGACACAAACUCAAAGAAAGCACCACUGAGGAACUUGAAAUGAAAGAUGUUGAGUGUUAGCCGAGACUGUGCCCAAUUACACUGCUACCUCAAGAGAAAGACAGUAUUUUCCAGUCAACGGAACAAACCGAGCCAAUCCUUGCUGCAGCCUUUCGCAGACCUGGCCUGCACCCCUCUCCUGAUGAGACAGUUGCAAGAUAAGAGAGCUAGAAGUGGUGGCUUACUACAGAAAGCCAGCUCUGGGAUUUGUAUGUAGUUCAAGAAACAGUUCAGCUGAGGCUUUUGGCCAGGACUUUCCUUGGUUGCAGCUUCAGGGCCAUGCUGAUCCUUACUUACCCAAUGAUACAGGAGCUGCUACAGUACUGGCUAUGAUCCCACACUGGUGUGAUGGAGAAGUUCCUGUCUCCAGGGGCAGUAUCUACAGAUGAGCCGAUGUGCAGCCUGCAUUGAGACAUGCUCUCUGUGCCUUUGUGCUCCUGUCUGAUCCGCAAACUGCUGCACCCUCCAUCUUCCUGUCUUCCAUCCCAUAAACACUGCUAUGGAGACAAUGUCUGAUGAGGUGGAGUGAGCUGCACCUCAGGGAGCAGAACUGAGCACCCUGAGGGGACAGAAGAUAGCAUUCUCAUCCCCCCUCAUACAAAUUAAUUGAGUGGCCUAAACUUGGGUUUAGUGUGAGGAAAACAAGGCUUAUGUUGACCAGGGCAGCUGGAUGGGCGGCACAACAGGAAAAACCUGUAAGGUCGGGCUUCAUUCAGUUUCAUCCUAUUCAAUCACCAACACUCUUCUCCAGCCAGAUCUCGGGCUGAAGAGCAUGUGGUCUUCACCUACCUCACAGGGCACGAGGGGAAGCCAGCAUUAGCCUGAGUCUCUUGGAGUGAUGGAGAAGAGUGUGAGCAUCCCUGAAGGGUAUGAAAAUCUAUAUGAGAAAGUGCUGUGUGGAGUCGCAAAGGUUAAAACGCCCUGGAAUGGGGCUAGAGAGAAGAUUCAGUCACCAAGAGCACUUGCUGUUCUGGCAGAGGACCCAGAUUCAGCUCUGAGCACCCACAUGGUGACGCAUAACCUUCUGUAACUCCAGUUCCAGGGGAUCUGAUGCCCUCCUCUGGUCUCCAUGGGCACUGCAUGCACAUGGUGUAUACAUAUACAUGAAAUAAACAUUUUAAAAUAAAUCUAAAAAAUUUCUUUCAAUGAUCCUGGUUGUCAGGACUCCAGCUAAGCUUGGGGGUUGGGUCUGAGUUGGUCUUGGCUUUCACAUUCUCAGGCUGAUGUCACAAUGUUUACUUCGAAGACUCUCCUUCCCAGCUUCCCUUUGCCAAGCUCUAGCAUCAUGCCCUUCUUGCUUCAGUAUCCACAGCUGCAGAUCAAAGCUAUCACUCCAGCUAUGAUGGAGGUCAUUAGGUGUGUGCAGGCCCUUGGCUGCAGAGUCAUGCAUACAAAGAUAAAAGUGUGCUAGAACAUUCCUUUUAUUCUCUUUCCUUUCAGGUCCCCAAUGCCGGUAACUUUUCUACUUUUCAUGUGGCGGGUAAGGAAUUGUUGCUAAAAUUCCUUUCCUUGGGGAGUCAUGAGCAUUGGCUGCCUGUCUUCCUCAAGUCCCAACAACCACAGUGCAGUGCCAGCAAAGUUCGUCCAAGAACUAAUGAAUGCAUUAGGUUUCUUACAGAGCAGUGAGUGAUGUGAUAUAGGCACAGGCGACCUUAAAACAAUAGAAGGUCUGCACCUGCAGGCAA